GCGUUUUAACAGCUCAUAUCAGCUCUGCACCAGGUUGGGUAAAGGCACAAGUCUGUUGUAGUCUACAUUCUGUAUAACAAUAUGGACAUAAUCGGUUAUCAUGAAUUGUCAAGAAAGAUUCAAAGGCGAGGAACUGCUGGUUUUUGCGGUAGUCGAGUAUGCUCGUUAGUCUGUGUAUCUGGUAUUGCGCUUGCGUUUAUUCUGGCGCUGUGUUCUUUUGCUGGGUAUAAGUCACGUCUCCAAACACUUGAGGACGAGAUGGAAAACUUGCACGAGAUUAUGAACAACAAACUGGGGGGAGGCUUACAUAGAGCAAAGAGAAGCGUUGAAGCUUCCAACCAGGGCGGUCCAUCGCCGGUCGCUUUGACGGAAGCGGCUGCAAGUGGUGGUGCACCGUACAUUAGAUGGGGACGAAAAAGUUGCUCGCAAGAGGCAGGAAGUCAACUUGUAUAUACUGGUUUUGCAGCGGGGUCUCACUACACGCAUAACGGUGGCGGCCCAAACCUGAUCUGUAUACAUCAAAACAUAACCUACACUCGUGGAAAAUACGUCAACGGCUUCCAAGGAAGUUCGUACAUCUAUGGGGUAGAAUACAGGGACGGGGCAUGGGCGGAUUCCUUGUUUGAUUUUUCACUAAUUGAAGAUGAGCAUUACAGAUUACAUGCAGUACCAUGUUCGCUAUGUCUUGCUACUGGCAGGCAGAAUAAGGUAAUGAUUCCCGGACGAGAAGAAUGUCCUACCGGGUUUACAUUUGAGUACGGAGGGUAUGUCGUAUCAUCAGCUCAUGGGCACAAGCAUUCAACUGACUACAUAUGUUUGGAUGACACCCCUGAAGUAAUACGCGGCUCAGACGGCGACCAGGGGGGCGAUUUGCUUUAUAUAGUCGAAACCCAAUGCCCAUCUUUACCUUGCGAUCCAGUGGUUAAUGGCAGAGAGCUUAGAUGUGUUGUGUGUUCUAUAUAAUCAAUAAGAUGUUUUAAAAACCGUAUCCUCACUACUCCCAUAGACCGUUGUUAAUUAACACGAUCAGGAUAUGUGCAUAUUAUGUGCUAAAGGUGUCCCAUCGUACUCCCACGGUACUGUAUAUGCUUUUAGUUUGCUUUACUGAACUAUUCGUAGUUGUAGGUGUGUAGAAGUAUUAAAAUAAACUGCAUUGGGGUUUGGUGAA